GAGUUUUAGUUUUGUUUAAUUUGCCGGCCAGACAAACAUCCUCUCAUUCUGUCAGAACCGACAUCAGACUCCCCCAUCUCCCCCUCUUCCUCCUCUUUUUUUUAUAUUCCAUCACCCCUCCUCCUCUUCCUCCUCCUCCUCCUCCUCUUCCUCCUCAGCAGUCUCUCAAUGACAAGCGUAAAAAGAACCUCUUUUCCCGAAAGUUUCCGUUCUACAAGAGCAAAGAGGCGAGCGAGCAGGAGACCAGCGACGUCGACCAACACGUGACCUCUAACGCCAGCGAUAGUGAAAGUAGCUACCGUGGGCAGGAGGAGUAUGUUCUGUCGUACGAGCCCGUCAGUCAGCAGGAAGUGAACUACACCCGUCCCGUCAUCAUCCUCGGCCCCAUGAAGGAUCGGAUCAACGACGACCUGAUCUCAGAGUUCCCCGACAAAUUUGGCUCCUGCGUCCCCGUAAGUCCCUUCAGACAUACGACCCGGCCGAAGCGGGACUACGAGGUGGACGGCAGAGAUUAUCACUUUGUGGUGUCCAGAGAGCAGAUGGAGAAGGACAUCCAGGACCACAGGUUCAUCGAGGCGGGCCAGUACAACAACCACCUGUAUGGAACCAGCGUACAGUCGGUCCGAGAGGUGGCCGAGAAGGGUAAACACUGCAUCCUGGACGUGUCGGGGAACGCCAUCAAGAGACUGCAGCUGGCUCAGCUUCACCCCAUCGCCAUCUUCAUCAAACCCAAAUCUGUGGAGAACAUCAUGGAGAUGAACAAGCGUCUGACGGAGGAGCAGGGCAGGAAAACCUUCGACAGAGCCACCAAGCUGGAGCAGGAGUUCACCGAGCAUUUCACAGCCAUCGUUCAGGGCGACACUCUGGAGGAGAUCUACGAUCAGGUGAAGCAGAUCAUCGAGGAGCAGUCGGGUCCGUUCAUCUGGGUCCAGUCCAAGGAGAAGUUAUGAGGAUCAAAACGCUGUCCGCUCCAUCGCUCCUCUCUUUAGAUUCACUUUGUUUUAUUUUGAAAAGUCGACCUGCAGACGGCAGCCUUACCCCCCCACCCUCCCUGAUCUACGUCUCGACACAGCGGCUGACCAGAGUGAUGUUUUCUUUUCUAUUUUUUUGCCUGAUAAGACUCCAUGUUGGGUUUCCUGACCAGCAGAGUAAAGCACACAGGAAGUCUGCCGACACCACACUCGACACGGUACAGCUCCUUAAUGUUUAAGGGAGGAGAACUAACCAGGACGGGAAGAAGACGAGUCCACCAAAGUGGCGAGAAGACACGUACGAUUUUAUCUUUAGUUUGUUUUUGUUUUGUGGGUUUUUCUCCCUUUUUUUUGGUCUUGUAAGGUGAGCGGCGACGGACGGACGGAGUUUCAGUCUCAGGCAGCGUCUGUCGGUCCGGAGGAAGGCGGAGACACAAAAAAGCAAAACUUUGCACGUUUGAGCUUUAACAGCAUGUCAUUUAAUACCCCAUUUAUUUCCCAUCAGCCCUUUCACCUCAGCGUCUGACGUCACAGCUUUUCUUCUUCUGUUCUGCUCAUUUGAUCACUUUUACCCUUUUUUUUGUACACGAGUCGUUUAGUUUAACUCUUUCUGCUCCUCGCUGCUGCAGGACGUUUGUCGGGACGCUCUGCAGGGUUCCUGCUCUGCUGCUAGGGGGCGCUGUGGGGCUUCACACUGACGUCUGGGUGUUUUUAAAGAUUACAUUUCAGCUUGUUUUCAGUUCAUUCAUUUAGAUUUUAGACAUUUAGCUUUACCCCCAUUUGAAGAGGUCAGAGGUCACGGCAUCGUAAUUCUACCUACACUGAAAAACAUCUAUAGCCUAUAACCUCCUCAAGUCGUUCUGUCUGUAAACGAGUCAGUUUCUUUAAAAAAAAGUAAAACAAAAGGAGAAUAUUUUACAGUAUUGUUUUACUCAAGAAAGAGGAGAACAAGAGAGAGUUUUGCGCUCGUCAAGAGAAAUAAACGCGUUUUUCAGAAGGACUCUGUAUUCACCAAAGACAAAGAAAGACUGGAGACAUUUACCACAAAUUUAUUGUCUUAAGAAAACAUGAUAAUGAGAAACCUUUCCUGAUAGCAAAAAAAUCAUAAUUAAAGUAAAAGUAAAGAAUAUUGUCUAUCAAGAAAAAUCAAGAGAUUGUUUUCUUGAAGUAAUGAAAUACAAUUAUAUGAAUACAUAAAGAAGUACAAAAAUAUUUAUUAUUAAGAGAUAACAAAUGUUAUAAUUAGAAGUAAGACAUAAUAGGAAAAGUAUCUUAUAAUCACAAGCAAACCAAAAAUUACUGAGAAAAAAGUGAUUUUUUCAUAUUUACGGAAAAAUUUGAUAUGUGAAAAUGCAUAAUGACAAGAAAAGUGUAUCAUGUGUGAGAAAAGUUGAAGUUUUCUUGUAAUUAUAACAUUGUUUUUGUGUAAUGAUAAGUAAAUAUCUGAGUAAACAUUUACAUAAAUAUUUUUAAUUUAUAGAAAACAACUUUAUAAUCAGAAUAAAGUAAUAACAGGAAAAGUAUGUUAUCACAAGCAAACCAAAAGUUACAGAGAAAUAUAGGUUAUUUAUUUCAUAAUCACAAAAAAAUGUGAGAAAACUGGCAGUUUUCUUGUAAUUAUAAAAUUUUCUUCUCUCUCAUGACUUAACGAUUUUAUCUCGUAAUUAUAAAAAAUCAUUGAAAAAAUUCCAAAUGUUUAAGUUUGAAAGACAGAUCGACCUGCUGAGACCAGAUGUUUUUACAGAUCAGCUGAUUUUAAACAGAUUUUAUCAUCAUCAGUGUGUUUGGGGUCGUGUGGUUCGGAGCGGCGCCCUCUACGCCGCGAGUUCGAACCCGCCAGACGUCCGUCAGUGUCUUACCAUUAAAAGCGAUGUCGAUCAUGCGACGUGAGUCGUGAACCUGCAGACGAGCGGCCGCCUCCAGGUGUCCGCAGGUGUGUCCCGAACACGCAGACGGUUAUUGUACAAUGAGAUUUUGACAGAUAUUUAACCCUCGGUAAACUGCCUAUUUUGUUAUAAUAAAAGUCUAUAUUGAACUUUACUUAAGCACUACUACUACGGGAAUUAUUUUCUUUGCAUUGUUAAUCAUAUAUGAAUAGAAAAGUAUAAAGAUAUUUGAAUAUAUAUUUUUUCUUUUUCUUUGAUCACCACCUCCUCUGUCUU